AUGGGGAGUGGCGCAGGGUGGGUUUUUAUGAGGAGUGUCGAAGGGGUUAUCAUGGGAAUCCUUGAUGGGAUUAUCGUGGGAAGCGGUGCUGGGACUCUCAUGGGAACUUGUGGAGGGGUUUUCAUGGAAAUUCGUGGAGGGCCUCAUGUGGGAGAUCCUGGAGGGUUUUCUGUGGUGAAUCUUUGGGGGCUGCCCGUGGGAGAUCCCGGAGGGAUUCUCAUGGGAAGUCGUGGAGGGAUGCGCGUGGGAAGUUGUAGCAUCAUGUCGAUGAGAAACUGUGAAGGGACCAACGUGAGAAAUCUUGGAGGGAUUCGUAUGGGAAACUGGAGAGGAAAUCUUACGGGAAGUCAUAAAGGGAUUCUUAUGUGUAGUCGUGGAGGGAUGGUUAGGGGAAGUCAUGGUGGGACUCCUCUGGGUAACCGUGGUGGGAUCCUUAGAGGAAGUGGUCGUGGGGUUCUCAGGAUAACUCGACGUGGGAUU